GGUCCGUCGUUAUUAUCACCAUCACUAUUAUUACUAUUAUUAUUAAUAUUAUUUAUAAUAUUAUAUUAUCGACGAGUCCCCGGUAGCGGUUUUCUUACGGCCGCCGCGUAAUACGAGUGCGGCGUGGGGCGAGCCCGCGAUAAGGUCGGCGGUAUUAUCGUACUGUUAUAAUAAUAUAAUAUUAUAUUGACAUCGUAAUACACGUUAAGUCGUCGGGCGUUAUUACCGCGUUACGGUUUAUUUGUUUUUCCCGAUUUGAUUGAACGCCGAUCCGAUCGGACGUCGGCGCCGCUGUUCGCGUACCAAAAUACUCGUGCCAAGAGAUUAUCGCGCGGCAGUUUUUAUUCGAAACUUUCCGUCUGCCAUCCGACAGAACACCGUCGUAGCGGCCCCGACCGUGUCCGUUUUUUUUUUUUUUCCGAAAUCGUUCGUUUUUGCCGGUUGGUGCGCGUCUUGUCGUUUGCCGUCGUCGUUCGGACCGCGCGCGCGUAAUUUAUCGACGCGUGUGCGGGAGUGAGCUACAAUCGCGGGGGCGAUCCGCCAUCGAUCAUGGUUUGGCGCGCGUGCGGUGACGGCUGAUACGAAAUGAUCGACAUGCAGAUGAUCGAUAGGCUGACCCAAGACGACAAAAAAGACGGGCGGCAGCAAUCUGAUGGACAGCUUUAUUGUCAGCAUGUCAGGACCUGUGCCACCACUGGACAUCAUAAAACCAAAUGUGCGACUCAAGACUUGUUUGAAUUACUCGAAAGAGUUCAGAGCAACCGAUUGGAUGACCAGAGAUGUGUUCUACCACCGUACUUCGCUCAAACAUCUAGAGAUGAGCGGACGAAUAGUGUACCGACGUCGGAAGCGGCCGGAAAUGGAUCCCGUGAACUUUUAGAGGAAACAUUGAAGGGUCCUAAACCAUAUCCUAACAUCGUUCUACCGACCGGCGGUGGUUUCUGGAUUGAUGGCCAGGACCAAAACGAUUACGAGCCUGCUGCUUCUUCUAGUGGAACCUGUACAUGGAAUAAUAAAAUCGAAACCGAUGACACAGCCAAAGCCUAUCGCAGAUACUACAUGGGAAGGGAACACUUCAACUUUGUCGGUACAGACGAUCAGCUGGGUCCGGUGCUGUUGAGUGUGAAAACCGAAAGUGUAGCUUCCCAAGAGCAAACCAGACUCUUGCUGCGGCUGCGGACUGGCACCACGCAUGAACUGGUACCUUCAUCAUGUGCCGUUUCAGCGCUCCACCAUAUGGCCAGGUUGUUGAACGAUCAGCUAUCAGUUACCAAUAUGUCACCCAUUUUGAGUUGUAAAACGUCUCAACUAAUUGCCGCCUACGACGAACAUGUUCUUGUGUCGCACUUCAAAUUUGGUGUAUUAUAUCAAAAGUACGGCCAAACUAGCGAGGAAGAAUUAUUUUCUAAUCAACAUACUUCGCCCGCGUUCGAUCAGUUCCUCCAAUUACUUGGCCAACGAAUACAACUGAAAGACCACAAAGGGUACCGAGGUGGUCUAGACACGCAGUUUGGUCAAACUGGCGACGAAGCUGUUUAUCAAGUGUUCAAAGACAGAGAAAUUAUAUUCCACGUAUCUUCUUUGCUUCCGUACACCGAUAACGAUCCUCAACAAUUGCAAAGGAAAAGACAUAUCGGUAAUGACAUCGUGGCAAUAGUUUUUCAAGAAUCUAAUACCCCGUUCACUCCAGACAUGAUAGCGUCACAUUUCCUACACGCCUACAUCGUCGUCCAAGUGAUCGAGCCCAACACUCCCAAUGUUAGGUAUAAAGUCAGCGUGACCGCCCGAGACGACGUGCCCUUUUUCGGACCCACGUUGCCUAAUCCGGCCGUGUUCAGACACGGACCAGAUUUCAAACAGUUCCUUCUCACCAAACUUGUAAAUGCAGAAAACGCCUGUUACAAGGCCCACAAAUUCGCCAAGUUGGAGUUGAGAACCCGAACGUCUUUAUUGCACUCAUUGUGCGAGGAGUUGAAAGAUAAGACCAAAGAUUUUCUGGGACACAACGAAGGCGGCAGUAGCGGCACCAGUGCCGGGACGGGCGGUUCGAGUGGUGGUCUAGGCGUCGAGUUGACUAAGUCGACGGCCUCGUCGUCGUCGUCGUCGGAAUGCGGUAAUGGUACUAUCUCAGGAGCAGGCAGCAGGUUCAUAGAUACGGUACGCAAAGCGCUCAUAGCACGGGUGAAGACCCAAACGUUGUCUAACGUUGAGGCGAACAACAACGUGUCGGGCGGCCUAUCCAAGAAGACCAGCAGUUGUUCGGCAGACGGUUCCAUACCGAGCUUUGGCAGAUCGUUGUCGAAGAGCAGCAAAAAGAGUUCGCCCUCAUCACCUAUAUCCAGUCCGGACAUCCAUCCGGUGCACAGGACUUCCAGCGGAGCUAGCCGCGUGGCCAUGUCAGAAAGCGAUUCGUCGUCGUUGAACAGCGUCGAACUCGAUGGUUUGGGCAUGGCAGGGGCCGUGGAUAGCGACACCGGUCUGGAGAGCAUGUCGUCGGCUGAGACGCCCAGCGGCAAGCCAUGCAGCAUGUGCUGUUGUGAUGCACCGAACAACGACUCCCGGGUGGAAGGUCUCCGGCAAGAAGUAACCAGGUUAAAGUGCGACAAACUAGAGCUGUUAAGGCAGAAUGUGAGUUGUCAACAUGAAAUAAAGAGGCUACGAGAAAAAGAACUGGUACUACAGUCGGAACUCACGUCCGCGUCCAAGGAGAUUCUUAGGUUGAGGGAACUGUUGAAAAACUACACCACCAACCCCAACUCGUCGACUGUUUGAAUAUAGAAUACCUACCGAUUUGGCGACGAAGGAAGAUAUAAAACUAUCACUUGUCGUUCACUCGCACCGUUGCAAAAUUAUUUAAGGUCUGCGGCAAAUAUUUCUUCUUGGACAACCAUCUAUGGCCACCAGUGAAUAAUAAUAUUCCAUCUUACGAGAUGGAAAUAAUAUAGCGUAACGCGAUACCAAAGUAUUACAUAUUAUAUAAUUAUAAUUUUCAAAACGAUUUGAAUAUAUCGUUAUUAAUCUAUGUCGGAUUGUAUUUAUACCUACUAAAAUUAGCGUUAAUAAUGUAAAUCCAUUGUUAUAUUUAUUUUUAAUUGUGCUUGUAAUCGUUAA